AUGCCUCUACGACCAAAGCAUGGAAAAAAGGCAUCGGCUCGGAUCAGACGUGACCUACAGGACAACAAGCUGACUACGACACCAGAAGAACCCCGCCGCUCAGGCCGAGCUACCAAAGGUCAACACAAAAACCUCGAGCUACCAGAUGCCCCCACUAAGAAAGGAAAGAGCAAAAGCCCGAAAGACAAAUCCAGCAAAGCCUCCGCCGAACCCACCCCCGGACCCAGCGAAGGCGAAGGUGACGGCGAUGAAGAGGAGAUCAUUCGAUGCAUCUGCGGUGAAUAUGAAGAAGAAGAGGAUGUCGAGCGGGAUAUGAUCUGCUGCGAUAUGUGCUCAGCAUGGCAACAUAAUGAUUGUAUGGGGCUUGUGUUCGCCAAAGGCCAUGAGCCGGAUCACUAUUACUGCGAACAAUGUCGACCCGAGAACCAUAGAGUCCUACUGGACAAGAUCGCCAAAGGUGAGAAGCCCUGGGAAGAAGUCGCCGAGCGACGCCGUCGGGAGCUAGAGGAGAAAAAGAAGCGCAAAAAGGGCGGCAAGAAAGGCAGCAGCCGGAAGAACAGACCAAGUGAGAGUAAGAUGGAGCCUAGUACCCCAGUUCCGACUGGCACAUCUGCAACACCUGGCCCUACACCUGUUCCUGGCACUAGCCAUUCCCCCGCUCCAGUCACACCUGCUCCCGCUGAGUUAGAGCAGAAUGGCCAUGGUACGGAGUCUAGACGCUCUAGCACGAAUAAGCGCAAGUUGGAAGAGACUCCAGUGGCAGAGAUGGAACCUAAGGUGAAGCACCAGCGAACCUCUUCACAGUCGACCGCAGUGAGAACCUCAACGGUUAAGACGGAGUCUCCUGUUGCAGUCGCUGUCCCUGUCGCUGUCCCUGUCGCUGUUAAUGUCCCUGCCCCUGUCACUGUUGCCACGGGUGCUGUGGAAGACCUUGAGAUCCCUGCUCGUAAGAGUGCAGCUUCAGCUCUAGUCAAACUAUUCGUAGAACAGAUCGCCGGGGCUCAAAAUAAGAGUCCAGCUUCGACUCCUGCAGCACAAUCAACGGAGGCUGUGGCAAUCCAAGUUGGUCUAUCCAUUGAAGAUGCCUUGUAUCACACUUUCUGCGAACGGACAGGCGAACCUACUGAAGCAUAUAAGUUGCAAUUGCGAACGAUUCUUUUCAACGUAAAGAAGAAUCCUUCUCUGCGGGAUCGUUUAUUAGUAGGUAGUCUCUCUCCGGACUCGCUGUCCAAAAUGAAGUCGGAAGAGAUGGCUAGCAAGGAGUUACAGCAGAAGGACGCCGAGAUUAAACGUGAAGCAGAGCGGCAGCAUAUUAUCAUCGAAGAAGAGGGCCCCCGAAUCCGACGAACGCACAAGGGGGAUGAGCUCAUUGAAGACCAAACUCACGCAGCAACUGAAUCCGUCUUUUCCACUGUGCCUCGGCGAAACGCGGCCGAUAGCCCUGGCCAAAGUCCAGUAACGCCGAAGCUGGUUCGGGAAACAGAAGGACAGAACCGGAGUCCCCCUCCUGAAGGUGAACAUCAUGACCAUGUUUUCCCUGAAUUUGCCAGCAACAUUCGAGAGCCAGACAUUAGCGGUGGCAAGACCCAGGCGGAUGCAGAGAUUGACAACCUGCUCCGUGAUGAUGAACCCGAUUCCCCUCCUUAUUCGCCCAAAGAUUUCGACGAAGACGGCACUGUCUGGCGGGGCAAAGUCAUCAUGUUCCCUGUAUCUGAGUUCAUGUCCUCGGCUAAGCAUGUUGCAGGCGCAGAUUUGAGUGGACGGAUUCCAUGGAGCCAGCUUGUGCCAGAGACAUUGCUUAUUGAUGGCCGCAUUGACAUUCAACUGGCCAGCAACUAUCUUUGCGGAUUGCGCUUUAGUUCAUCGACUGACGUAUCUGUGAUUGCUAUCAGCAGUCCCGAACACCCUAGCGAGCGUGAAGGUUUCAACAAACUCUUCAAUUACUUCCAGGUUCGCAAGAGAUAUGGUGUGAUUGGCAAACACCCGUUGGCAGCUGUGAAAGACACCUAUAUAGUUCCUAUUGAGUCCGGCACUGUCAAACCAGAGUUCAUCGAGCUCUUGGAAAACAAUUCCCUCGAUGGUCCUAUCCACGAACGAAUGUUGCUUGUAGUUUUCGUUAUCAAGACCAGUGAAUCCAACCCACCAUCUGUCCAACCUUCUUCUCUUCGGACCAGCUUGGAGCCAGCAGUCUCCGCGAGUCCCUUCACAGCCCAUGAAGCCACACCUCAACAACCCUCCUCAAUUACAGCAAACCUUCCAUCUUCCCUUGCACCUGCUCCUAUGAUUCCAGUCCCCUACGGCCAAUACCAACCAUUGCAGCCAUUGAGUGGACUUCCUGCUGCCUUUCACGUACUAGGCGAACAAGUGAACGCACCGGCCAUUCAACAACUUCUCAAGACAGCACCCGGAGUGGACAUGGCGCAGUUGAAGGUCGUUCGUGACAUCCUGAUCCGACAGCCCGAUGCUGCCACCAACUAUCAGAUGCUUAUGGACGAAUUGUUUGAGAUCCAGGCGAAUGGUCACGCUGCUCAGGCAGCUGUCUAG